GGCCGGCAGAGGCAGGAAAUCGGGGCUGGUCCCCGGGUAGCGCGCAGCCCUGUCCCUAUCUCCGCUCCGCCGCCCGAUCCCCACCCCACCCCCGCCCCCGGGCUUCGCCAUGGACGCCACGGAGACAGAGGUAACCCCAACUCCCGAGGGCAGGAAGAGGUACAGUGACAUCUUCCAGAGCCUGGACAACCUCGAGAUAUCAUUGGGGAACGUGGCUUUCGACCCCCUGGCUGGAGACUUUGUACUCAGAGAAGACCUGGAGCCUGACUCGACUGCCACAGCCACAGUGGUGACUGAGGAGAGCAGUGGAGCCGCCUGUUGGAGUGAUGCGUCCUCCGAGGGUGCUGUGCCCCUCACAGAGGAAGAACUAGACUUGCGACUCAUUCGGACCAAGGGCGGUGUGGAUGCUGCCCUGGAGUAUGCCAAGGCAUGGAGCCGCUAUGCCAAGGAGUUGCUGGCCUGGACAGACAAGAGAGCCAACUAUGAGCUCGAGUUUGCUAAGAGUGUCAUGAGAAUCGCUGAGGCUGGCAAGGUGUCCAUUCUCCAGCAGAGCCAAAUGCCACUCCAAUACAUCUACACCUUGUUUCUGGAGCAUGACCUCAGCCUGGGAGCCCUGGCCGUGGAAACGCUGGCCCAGCAGAAGAGAGACUACUACCAGCCUCUGGCAGCAAAAAGGAUGGAGAUUGAGAAGUGGAGGAAGGAAUUCAAGGAGCAGUGGCUCAAGGAGCAGAAGCGCAUGAAUGAGGCGGUGCAGGCGCUGCGGCGCGCCCGGCUCCAGUACAUCCAGCGCAGAGAGGACCUGCGGGCACGUUCCCAGGGGACCCCUGAGGACCCUCCCCCCCAGGCAGCUCCCGGAUCCAGCAAGCAGCAGGAGCGCAGAAGGCGCUCCCGAGAGGAGGCACAGGCCAAGGCACAAGAGGCAGAAGCUCUAUACCAGACCUGCGUCCGGGAGGCCAAUAUGCGCCAUCAGGAUCUGGAGACCACCAAGCGGCGGAUAGUGUCGCAUGUACGCAAGCUGGUGUUUCAAGGAGACGAAGUGCUUAGGCGGGUGACGCUGGGCCUGUUUGAGCUGCGAGGGUCGCAGGCAGAGCGUGGACCUCGUGCCUUCUCUGCUCUGGCUGAGUGCUGUGCUCCGUUUGAGCCUGGUCAGCGCUACCAGGAGUUUGUGCGGACACUGCAGCCUGGGCCUCCACCACCACCAUCUCCCGCCUUCUGCUUCCAGGAGUUCAUGCCUGUGCUGCACAGGUGGGCCCUAGUGCUGGGCUUGGAGUCAGCCCAGAAGCCCUACGCCAGUUCCCCUCAGGAUUCAAAAAAGUUUUCAGGGCCCCUACAAGCAAGGCUGGAGGAGGGUUCCUGCGAGCCUGGCCCUUGGGAGGAUACCAGCCUAGGCAGCCAGGGGAUGCCAGGCCCCACUCCAGGCAGUGAUGUGGACAGUGUAGGCGGUGGCAGUGAAUCCCAGUCCCUGGAGUCCCCUACUUGCAGCCCAGGAGCUGGCACUCGGAGGUUUGUGAAGGCAUCGUCUACAGGCACUGAGUCCUCUGAUGACUUUGAGGAGCGAGACCCUGACCUGGGGGAUGGGAUCGAGAAUGGACUCGGCAGUCCCUUCAGGAAGUGGACACUGUCCACCGCUGCUCAGACCCACCGGCUGCGGCGGCUGCGCGGCCCAGCCAAGUGCAGAGAAUGCGAAGCCUUCAUGGUCAGCGGGACAGAGUGUGAAGAGUGCUUUUUGACCUGUCACAAGCGCUGCCUGGAGACCCUCCUCAUCCUUUGUGGACACCAGCGGCUUCCGGCCCGGAUGCCUCUCUUUGGGGUUGACUUCCUACAACUCCCCAGAGAUUUCCCUGAGGAGGUGCCCUUUGUGGUUACCCGGUGCACAGCUGAGAUAGAGCACCGUGCCCUUGGCCUGCAGGGCAUCUAUCGGGUCAGUGGGUCUCGAGUGCGCGUGGAGCGGCUGUGCCAGGCCUUCGAGAACGGCCGAGCACUGGUUGAACUGUCAGGAAACUCUCCUCAUGACAUUACCAGUGUCCUUAAGCGAUUUCUGCAGGAGCUCACUGAUCCCGUGGUCCCCUUCCACUUCUACGACGCCUUCAUCUCUCUGGCAAAGACCCUGCAUGCAGACCCUGGGGACGACCCUGGGACCCCCAGCCCCAGCCCUGAGAUUAUUCGCUCGCUGAAGACCCUCUUGGUGCAGCUGCCUGACUCUAACUACAGCACCCUGCGGCACCUGGUGGCCCAUCUGUUCAGGGUGGCCGCUCGGUUUGAAGAAAACAAGAUGUCUGCCAACAACUUGGGGAUUGUAUUUGGGCCAACCCUGCUAAGGCCACCAGAUGUACUCAGGGCCCCCAGUGCCAGCCCCGUGGCCUGCCUGCUGGACUCUGGUCACCAGGCCCAGCUUGUUGAGUACCUCAUUGUGAACUAUGAGCAGAUCUUUGGAAUGGAUGAGCUCGCUCUAGCCUCUGAGUCCCUGACCCGAGACGUUGGCCUGUCUCCUGCACUCCUCGAAUCCAGUCCCCAGCACCCAGCCCUGCUUCAUGUCCAAGACACACAGUCCCUGACCAUUGCCUCAGACUCCAGCCCAGACCCCAGACACCACAGUACCCUGGAGAAGUAUCCUGAGGUCACAGCUCCUGAGGGUCUGGAAAUCAAACUCACUGUGAGGUCUGGUGGCAGUUUCCGUCACCCCCUGGGUUGUCUCACCAGUCCUGCAUGUGGUUCCGGGGCUUAUGAUCGUUACCAGGAUUGUUCAAUUGCAACUCUGCAGAGGGACCAAAGGGAGGAGAAAGAGGUGGAAAACCCCAGAGAUGGGGCAGGGGAAGGGUCCAGCCACAACCCUGAGGACUUGCUCCUGGGAACACAGUCCCGGGGCCAUUUCAGUCGCCAGCCAGUGAAGUGUUUCCGGGGAGGUGUACGACCAGUCACUCAUCAGCUGUCCAGCUUGGCUCUGGUGGCUUCCAAGCUGUGUGAGGAGACGCCUGUCACUGUCUCAACAGUGCACCGAGGUAGUUUGAGGGGACGAAAUCUGGGCCCUGCUUCUGCCUCCCCUGAAGGCAGCCCCCUGCGCCGGAACCCUGUGCCCAAGCACUUCGAGAUCACCCAGGAGACAGCCCGGCUACUCUCCAAGCUGGACAGUGAGGCUGUGUCCAGGGCCACCUGUUGUGCUGACACUGAGCCUGAGGAAUCUGAGGAGCAUCUCUGACCACUCCCAUCCUGGGGGACCCAGGACUGAGCUGAUGGCCCUGUAUGUUUCCCUGCCUGCUCUCCCUGGUAACCAAACCAGUUCAAUGGGGGUAUGGGGAGAGACAGUUGGGAAAGGACGACCACUCAUCUUGGAGAAGUCCUAAAACACUUGGUUGCAGUGUCUCAACAUCUCCCUGCCAGAGGAGGUUAAAACAGCAAGGCAACACAAGUGCACAGUGAUUCUGGGUCAGUACUCAAUGGUCAGUACAGGGCUGAAGAUCCUUGGGGUCUCCCCAGUCUCUGACCUCUGAGACAGAUAGCUGCCGCCCCUGCCCCCACUGCCACUUGCCUUCCUGACAGAUUCCAAGUGAAUAGCUGGUGUAGUUCAGCCUGUCACCUCCUUUUAUGCCUUUUUCACUUGUUUGUUUUGAGAUGGGGGGUCUCGUGUAACUCUGGCUGUUCUGGAACUCUCUGUGUAAACCAGGUUGUCAUAGAACUCAGAGAAAUUCUCUGCCUCCCAAGUCUGGAGUCCCCGGUGAGAUGGCUGAGCACAACGGUGCUUGCCAAGCCAGACCAGUCGGAGCUGGGUCUUCCAGACCCACUUGGUGGAAGGAGAGAACCAAUCUCUGCCAGUCGUCUGACUGCUGCACAUAAACAUGCACAAAUAAAAUUAAAUUUUAAUUCAAACAAAUACGCCGGGCAUGGUGGCACGUGCCUUUAAUUCCAGCACACAGGAGUCGGAGGCAGACAGAUCUCUGAGUUCGAGGUCAGCUUGGUCUAUAUAGUUCCAGGGCAGCCAGGGCUACACAGAGAAACUCUAUCUUAGAAAACAAAAAAUAAAAAAAAUAUAAAAAUCCUGUUAUGUUCUUGCACAUCUGUCUUUGCCAGGGAAGGCUGACAAAGAGAUCACCAGUAAGAACAGCAUCUUUUAUUACUGACUUGAGGAACCAAGGCUUGUAAAAUCCACCCUAUGAAACCCACAGGCAAUUAAUGUAGGCCCUAGAGCCCCAGAUGAGUCACUCGGUCCUGCAAGAGCUCUGUGUCCCUGAUCCGGUUCUACAUAAUCAAAUACAACCCGGUGCAGAUAA